AUGGUGCGUGACCACUUGAUACAGGCAGCGCCAGACGCCGCCUUCCGCCACGACGCCCUCAAGUUAGAAGACCCGUCCCUCGAGCAGGUCAUAGAACUAGCCCGGCAUCAGUCGCCACCACCAGCACCACCAACACAGCGGCCGCAGCCGACGGACCAACUGCCCAGCAGCUCUUCGGCGCCUCCCCAACACCCGAUGGCCACCGAUGAAGACGAACCGAUGCUACUGAUCCCACCCAUGCCGCCAUCACAACCAUGGUCGCCUCACAGAUACAGGGAAAGUUGGAGUACUCCGCCGGCCUCUGCCGGCUUUAUAAGGCCAGUGCAGCAGCAGUACAGCCAGUUCCUCGCCGAGCUGGGACCAGCUCCGACGGACCUCACCGACGUUCAUGAUGAAUGGUCGCCGGCGCGGCCCGGCUGCGGUCGCAGGGGCGGCAGCGGCGGCUCCGCCUCCGCGACACGCGUCGCCUCUCCUCGCUGCUGCAGGUCGAACUGCUGGGCGUCGGCGAGCGGCGGCGGGGGCGGAGGCGGAGCUCCUCGCGGCGCUUCCGCCUCCGGUGCGGCGCCUCCCAACGGCUGUCGGAGUAGUAGGCGGCGAGGGCUGGGGCCGACGUGUCCUGCACGACAGGGUCUACACUUAGCGGCGUCGCAUCAACUGCUGAGACCGGGGGCGCACUAG